AACAACUAUGGGCUGCAGGAUAUGAACUUUGAGGACGUGGCCAUUGCCUUCUCUCAGGCAGAGUGGGAGGUCCUUGAUGAGGCUCAGAAACAUCUGUACUGUGAUGUGAUGCUGGAAGUGUUUGCACUUGUAUCAUUCGUAGGUCCUUGGCAUAAAAUGGAUGAUGUGGAGGCCUAUUCUGAGCACAAUGUAUCUGUAGGAGAUUCUCAUGUUAGGGCUUCCAAGACAGCUCAAGCCACUCAGAGGACCCAUCUGUGUAAGCCGUGCUUCUCAGUGUUAAAAGAUAUUUUGCACCUGAGUGAGUUACAAGUCGCAUACUUUCAGAAGAAUGUGUUCUUAAGUGAUGCAUGUGUGAGAGACUUGUGUUUCAGUGUAAACCCUCACCAGCAGCAGAAGGAUGCCUGUGGGGAGAAGCCCUGGAAAGAAGAUAUGGAGAGUGCCUCGCUUGCGACGAGUUGCUGCUUCUACUUAUCUGGGGUGCCUGAAGCUAGUACUGAGGUUGGGGUAGACUCCCCAGGCACCUCAGGGCUUCUCCAGCACCAGGCCACUCUUAACACUGAGGAGCCACACAUUAACAAUGAGCUUUCACAGGAAUUUCUCAGUGGAAAAAGACAUCACCAGUGGGUUGAAUGUGAAACAGCUGUCAGCCAUAAACAGAAAAUUGCUUAUCAGAAAGGUCUCUGCUCUGGAGAUAUGAUUAAUGAGAAUAAUAAAUGUGGGAAAGUGUGUGUACAAAUCUUCAACCACCUACAACAUGGGAGAGUUCACACUACGGAAAAGCCCUACGAGUGUACUGAUUGUGGGAAGGUCUUCAGUGAAAUCGCUGCUCUCAUUAAACACAACAGAGUUCACAUUAGAGAAAAUCAGUAUAAGUGCAGUGACUUCGAAGGUAUGGUCUCACUGUACAUCACAGAGUUCACACUGGAGAAAAGGCAUAUGAGUGUAUUGAAUGUGGGAAGUCCUUCAAUCAAAGAUCUCACCUCACUAUACACCACAGAGUUCACACUAGAGAAACGCCAUAUGAGUGUAGUGAAUGUGGAUAUGCACUUUGAGGAUGUGGCCAUUGCCUUCUCUCAGGAGGAGUGGGUGCUCCUUGAUGAAGCUCAGAGACAUCUGUACUGCAAUGUGAUGCUGGAAGUGUUUGCACUUGUAUCAUCUCUAGGUUGUUGGCAUAAAAAGGAUGAGGAGGAGGCCUAUUCUGAUCAGAGUGUAUCUGUACAAGGAGAAUCACAUGUCAGGGCUCUUAACACAGCUGCAGCAAUCCACAAAUCACAUUUCUGCAGUCCUCGGGUUACGUCAGACUCUAUGUACGUUGUCGUUUUCGUGGUUACAUCACUAUCUCCCAUUUAUUUAUAAAAAGAAAAGUUCUGUCAUUUCAAUGUAUGUACAUAUGUGCUUUAUGUUUUUUAUUAUUCAUUUACCACAAAUAAAGAUCAGGAAUUGG